UUUAUUAAUAGGUUCAGAUGCGUCGUGAUCGAAUGAUCUGUCACGAUCAGUCACGAUCUGUCACAAAAAUUAUUCGACGGUUCGCUAGUUAAUCUAUUGAAAAUUGCAGUUCUUCAUUUCUACGAAUAUAUCGCGGAAUAAAGCUUCUCUUGUUAUUGAAAAAAAAAAAAAAAUGGCGUUAACGAAUGUGCUGCUUCUUAGUCAGAUAUCGGGAUAUAUCAUAGCUAAUAUCUUGUCACUUUGUAUUAUCAUACCUAUGAGCUUGCACCAAAACGAAUUUAGAGGGCAUUGUCUAUUGUUCUCUACGGGUACUUGGCAAGAAUCGGAUGGACAAUUUGUAGUAAACUGGGCUUCGCGAGCUUAUUGCAAUUAUACAAUUAUCGUUGGUGUGAUGUUGUGUGUGACAUCUGCAGUACAGAUCUAUCGACUUUCUAUAUUUAUGUAUCGCGGGGAGGACAGUUCCUUUUUGUCAGCCUUUAUUGAUGUUAUCAGUUCCAUAUUUCUCACGACAACUACCUUGGUUGCUGCUGUUAUUGUAACCCUUGGUUUCAUGACUUGGUGUCAAUGUAUGACGAAAAGAUUUCCAUCCUGCGAAUUGGCAGCUGGAAAUGACAUUGAUAAAGCCGAUGGGAUAGAAACUUCUGGUUUUCAUAUAGAACUAGGUGCAGCUCAAUUUGGUAUCUGGACCAGUUUAUCUAUUUGGGUUGGUUUAUCAGUUUUUGCAGUGUUGAAGUUGCUAAGAUAUCAUCAGUUAGAAAAUAUGAAAGUUUCCAUGUACAGAGAGAGGCAGAGAUUAAUAGAAGCUGCUAGGAGUAACGAAAUACAAGAAUAAAAUUAGAAAUUCAA